AGCGGUGCGCAUGCGCAAACGCCACAUUCGGCGUGGUCGUCGGGUAGAUUAGGAAUUGGGGGAGUGCAGGCCCGAGCACCCAGUUUAUAGUCAUGUCGGCUUCAGUAGUGUCGGUCAUCUCGCGGUUCUUAGAAGAGUACUUGAGCACCACUCCUCAGCGUCUGAAGUUGCUGGAUGCGUACCUCCUGUAUAUACUGCUGACCGGGGCGCUGCAGUUCGGUUAUUGUCUCCUCGUGGGGACCUUCCCCUUCAACUCUUUCCUCUCGGGCUUCAUCUCUUGUGUGGGGAGCUUCAUCCUAGCGGUUUGUCUGAGAAUACAGAUCAACCCACAGAACAAAGCAGAUUUCCAAGGCAUCUCCCCGGAACGAGCCUUUGCUGAUUUUCUCUUUGCCAGCACCAUCUUGCACCUCGUUGUCAUGAACUUCGUUGGCUGAAUCAGUCCCAUUUGCUUAAUUGAGGAGUGGGAGAAGAGAAGAAUGUUUACUUUUUGAUUUCCCUUGGAGAAGAGCUCUUAAGAUGGCAGCUUGCUGGACACAUGGACUAUCUUCAGACUUAUACUUACUGCCGGCUCUGAUUUGGUGCGCUGGUGGAGCCAGAGAAGUUCCCUCUCUUCUCUAUCAGAACGACUUCAUAAUGAGCAUUUAUUAACAUGACCUCUCCCCUCCAUUAAGUGUAUCUUUUUUGCCUUCCACAUUAAAUUCCAUGCCACUCCUUUCAA